AUGAACCCAGCAACACCAGCACGCGCCAGCACACUCCUCUCAAACCUAACAUCGGUGCGCGCCCGAGUGAGCACAGCGGCCCUCCAAUCCCCAAUCCCCAGUAAACCAAUCCGCCUCGUCGCCGUCUCUAAGCUCAAGCCCGCAUCCGACGCAUUGGCACUGCACCAAGCGCCAGGAUCGCAAGUGCACUUCGGCGAGAACUACCUUCAAGAACUACUCGAGAAAUCGCGGCUGCUGCCCGCAAGCAUCAAAUGGCACUUCAUUGGCGGGUUGCAGAGCAACAAGUGCGUGACGCUGGCACGGGACGUGCGCGGACUGUGGGCUGUCGAGAGCGUGGACUCGGAAAAGAAGGCGAAGUUGCUGGAUAAGGGGUGGGGGGAGAGGGGGGCUGAGGUGGCGGCUACGAACCACGACGAGGAUGGGAGGCUACGUAUCUAUGUUCAGGUUAAUACGUCGGGCGAGGAGAAUAAGGCGGGUGUUGAGCCUGCUGCGGCGCCGGCGCUGUGUCGAUAUGUUCGUGAGCAGUGUCCCCGGUUGAAGUUGCAGGGUUUCAUGACUAUUGGGGCUAUUGCGCGGUCCCGGGCGACGACGGUGGAGAAUGAGAAUGAGGAUUUUGUUUGUUUGAGGGAGACGAGGGAUCGGGUUGUUAAGGAGCUUGGGUUGGUUGGGGAUGAGGCUGAAUUGGAGCUUAGUAUGGGUAUGAGCUCGGAUUUUGAGGGGGCAAUUGCUCUUGGUAGUGAUCAGGUUAGGGUUGGAACUACGAUCUUUGGGGAUCGGCCGCCUAAGGCGGAGGCGAAUGUUGUUUGA